UUUUCUGCAGCUGCUAUGCGUAAGGAGAUCCAAGAUGAGAUAGAUCGUAUUACUGGGAAAUCUAAGCAAAUAUCUAACAUUCCAAUUCAUCUGAGCAUAUAUUCUCCAAAUGUUGUAAACUUGACAGUCAUAGAUCUUCCUGGGUUGACAAAGGUUGCUGUAGAGGGACAACCGGAAACCAUUGUUGAAGAUAUUGAAAAUAUGGUCCGCUCUUAUGUUGAGAAGCCUAACUCUAUCAUAUUGGCUAUAUCUCCUGCAAAUCAAGAUAUUGCCACAUCAGAUGCAAUCAAACUUGCAAGAGAAGUUGAUCCUUCAGGUGAAAGAACAUUUCGGGUGCUAACAAAACUUGAUUUAAUGGACAAAGGAACUCAAUGCCAAGCACACCAAGGUCUCAUUCUUUCCUUAUUAACCAAUCAUCCAAUCUUCUUUAAUGGAUUUCAAUGCUUCAUUUUCUGUUUUUCUUCUUCUUCUUCUGUAUGCAGAUUCUUGAAGGUCUUCUGAAGUUGCCAGAAAACCGAGAAUGCGCUGACUGUCGAAACAAGGCACCACGAUGGGCUAGUGUGAACCUUGGAAUAUUUAUAUGCAUGCAAUGUUCUGGAAUUCAUCGGAGUCUUGGAGUUCUUAUUUCA